CAAAGCUCCAAAAGAAAACUCACAACAUAAUCGUUUCUUUUAAAAAAAAUUUAGACUUCGUUGCUGAUCUGUAUUCGCUGUUGUUAGUUCCUUCCACAAAGAUUGAACCAUUUGGUCGUAACAGCCGUAGGCUGGACAGUGUAUCUAACCGGUCGGUGAGGUUUUAUUUUGAUUAGCGCUCCCAAAUAGACGAGUUCGCAAUAAAACUUUGAUUUCAACCUCGCACAAUUGGCGCAAACGGUUCAGAAAGUAGAGCGGCUGCAAGGGAGACUGUUCUUAUAUCAAGAGGCAUCUGUAUUUUUUUAAAAAAUAAAACUUCCAUUAAUGGCACUAAAGUGGUUCUCCCGUAUAAAGUACCGGGUGAUGAAAUGGAAAUUUAUUUUGUUAUUCUUCAUGAUCUUCAUCAUCGUUCCAGAAUUGGGCCUCAUAUUCUUCAGGUUUUUGGAAGGGCUUCUUCCUAUGGAUGUGUGCCAUUUGCCCAAAGGAUUUAAAUUAAAACCGGGAAACCAUGUGGAUAAUUACCUGGACUAUUGGAGCAGAACUGAUGUACAGACCUGCACAAAUUGGAAAGCACCAAUCAUUUGGGAUGGGACCUUUAACCCAACGUCCUAUGAUGCAACGUACAAGAAACAAAAUAUUGUUAUCGGUCUCACGGUCUUUGCAGUUGGCAAGUACCUGGACCUGUACUUGGAGACUUUCUUGGCAUCGGCUGAUGAACAUUUUAUGCCAGGAUUCUCGGUCGUAUAUUAUAUUUUCGUAGAUGACUUGCUGAAGUUUGAAAGGCUGAAUCUGCAGCCGAAUGCAAGACGCAAAAUCAAGAGCUUCCAGGUGAAAAUGCACAAGCGUUGGCAGGACAUUUCAAUGUCUCGCAUGGAGACGAUCAGCAAGCUGAUUGAGGAUCAUGUCAAGCACGAAGCCAGUUAUGUAUUCUGCUUUGAUGUGGAUCAGCGAUUCCAAGGACGCUUCGGCACGGAGACGCUCAGUGAGUCGGUGGCUGUCCUGCAUGCCUGGUACUACCGGAGGCCAAAGUUCAUGUACAGUUAUGACCGCAACCCCCAAUCUGCAGCUUACCUGGGCAGCAGGGGGGAUUUCUAUUACCAUGCUGCUGUGUUUGGUGGGACUUGGCAGAGCGUUCGGAACCUGACAGAAAGCUGCUCCCGCGGAAUCCUGCAGGACAAGCAGAAAAACGUGGAGGCUGCUUGGCAUGAUGAGAGCCACCUCAACAAGUACUUCUGGCUGCAUAAACCCACCAAGGUCCUGUCACCAGAAUACUGCUGGGACCGGAGGAUUGGAUGGCGACGAGACAUCCAUGUGGUCCGGAUGUUGUGGGCCACGAAAGAGUAUGACAUCAGUCGACUAACUGACUAAACAUUUAGAAAGGAAUCUCUGUUGUUCUUAGAUUUUAAAAAAAAACUAUGUGGAUCCCUUGAGAUCAGGGAGUGAUGAGGAGGCAGUGUAUUUGCCCUGUUCUGUCUCUCUCCCAAACAGGUACAGUAUGGGUUAGGUACAUGAUGAUGCUGAUCCCCAAAAUGUGCCUUAAUCCUGCAAUCUCAGAAGAUGAUCUAUUUUAAUCAAUGUGACAAUUGCCCCUUUUAAACAAGAGCUGGGUCACUGGUGACGCCUUAUGGAUCAGCUGACACUGCCCCGUUCUACCUCUACAUGCCCCCAUUCCCCCACCACCACCAAACAAAAGUUGAUAGUCAGAUUGUCAUCUAUUCUGGGCUCUGCCUUUACACCUUGAAGGUGAAAAGAUACAGUUGGGAGUGGAUGGUUGUCCAGGAGCUGAUCAAGAUGCAGCCUGGAAUUGAAAGACAUGUUUAGAAGGUGUUUGGCACAAGACAGCCACUUGGGGAAAGCUUUGCAUUAGAAACAACAACCCGGAGGCUCAUUAAGGAGCUAAUAUCCAGCAACCACUCAUUUAAGGAACACAUGCAUUUUACGGAUAGUGACUGAUCUUUUCACACAAUGAUCAGCUGAUUUUGUGAGUAAGCUAGCUGCUCCGGAGGAAUAUACACUUACUGAUCGCUGUUUGAAACACACUGAGAUGCUGCAAGCAAUAAAAAGGAAACAGGACAAGGGUCUUUCAGCUGACUGUUGAAGCCAAGCUUCUUGAAAUCAACUUACCUGCCAACCUCCAUGCUACAGUUAUUACCCAAUGUAACAACUGCAGCGUCCUACUGUCAUUGUGAACUCCAGACUGAUCCAUAUAUCUUUUAAAUUUUUACUUUUGUAAUUUGCUUCUUAUUUCUGUUUGUAAGCGUUUUGCAUUCAUUCCUCCUUCCUUUUAGUAACUAAUAAAUUCACUUUCCAAUAUGAAGAUCUGCAAGAAUGUUGCCGGGGUUGGAGGGUUUGAGCUAAAGGCAGAGACUGAAUAGGCUGGGGCUUUUUUCCCUGGAGCGUCAGAGGCUGAAGAGUGACCUAAUAGAGGUUUAUAAAAUCACGAGGGGCAUGGAUAGGGUGAAUAGUCGAGGUCUUUUUCCCCGGCGGGGGGUGGGGGGCGGCAGGGUGGGUGGUGAAGAGUCCAAAACUAGAGUGCGUAGAUUGAAGAUGAAGGGGGAAAGAUUUAAAACGGACCUAAGUUGCAACUUUUUUACGCAGAAGAUGGUGCGUGUAUGGAAUGAGCUGCCAGAGGAGGUGGUGGAGUCUGGUACAAUUGCAAUAUUGAAAGGAAUCUGACUCUAUAACUGAGGAAAACUUUGUUUUGAAAGAAGCCAAUUUAACCAAGUCAUUUGGGUCUGGAAGAAAAGUAUCCACAAGGGAAGGGAUCCAUUUUUAAAUUAACUUUAUUGUGAGGGAGGUUGCAGUCAGUUGUAUAAGGAAAGAGAGCCAGGUCUCACCUGGAAGCUUAAUAGUUUUGGGUAUCCUGUCUGGGAUUGGAAUAAAUUGGGGAAUCUCAACUGUUGCAACAUGCUGCAAAUGUUAAAAUGAUGAAGAAUUCCAAGAUAGUAGGAACUGCAGAUGCUGGAGAAUCUGAUAUAACAAGGUGUAGAGCUGGAUGAACACAGCAGGCCAAGCAGCAUCAGAGGAGCAGGAAAGCUGACGUUUUGGGCCUAGACCCUGUCAGAUUCAGAUUUAAGUUUUGAGUAAGAGAUACAGAGGGGAGGGAGGAAGGAUGUUUUUGUGUAAAUAGUGGUAAUAGCCUGGAAAUGAAUAUGAUCAAUGAUUUCAAACAGAAAUUGGAUGGCCUCUUCAGAGAAUGAAACUUCCAAGGUUCCAGCAAUAGAAGAUGGGACUGGUGGGAUUGCUCCAUAGUGAGUUGGUAUGAAAGCAAUGGGCCAAAUGCCCUCCAACUGUGCUGUACCAGCUGUGUGCCUCAUGAUAAACAUCCGGAAAUGCACAUGAAUCUGCAGAGGAGAACAGAACCCAGAAAUUCUCGGUUCAUCUACAGCAGCACGAUAUAAUAUAGCCAAUAAAAGGGGGUAACUACAUUGAUAGAGUCCACAGAGAAACCAAUAUUUAAAUAACCAUGAUACACUUAAACUCAUUGAUACCUGGCAAAAUGAAACUACACGGACGCUACCAAAAGUAAGUUGAGGGUUUAUUAUUGUAUAUGGGAUUGGGAGUUGCUAGCUGGGCCAACAACUACUGCCCAUCUCCAGUUGCCCUGGAGAGGGCGGUGGUGAGCUGCCUUCUCGAACUGCUGCAGUCCAUAUGUAGUCACCCCUGAUGCUUUUAGGGUGGGAGUUCCAGGUUUUUGACCCAGCCACGCUGUAGGAAUGGUGAUUGUGUUCCUAAGUCUGGAUAGUGUGAGAUUUGGAGGGAAUCUUUCAUGUACCGGUGUUCCCAUGAGAUUGGAUUGAAAUGUUAAAGGGUUAAUAUCUGUUCUGCUGACAUAUAAGAAAUUAAGUGCUUCGUGGACGCCCCUGUCUCGCAGACAAAAGGUGGUAAUCUAAUUAUACUUUGCUCUCUGUAAGUGUUGAAUUAAGGCUAAAAGGAUAAGGAACUACCUCGUCUUACACAUUGUUUUUGGGCAGCUAACCUUUGUUUUACUGUUAGAUGAUUAAGUUACAUGAUUAUGGGGGAGAAAAAAGUUGUAUCUUGUAUGCAUGUCUGACUGUGCUGUAAAAACCUAUAUAAAGGGAGGAUGGUUCCCUUACGGGGAGCAUCGCUUGACAUGGCUCCGCAAGCCCUGCGAAGACUGCUAAGUGAUCCUCCAAAGCUUGUACUUGCUUAAAUAAACUGUGGCUUUUCGCAGAAGUUGGCGUACUGCGUUUGUAACAAGUGCGAAGGAAUCUCCUAAAAGGGAACUCAACAUUUGGUGGCAGCGGUGGGAUUCCAACAUAUACGGAACUUCUAGAUGGACUGAAUAAGUGAUCACCUGUGUGAUGGUGAUGUGAGACGGAUGGGCCCGCAAGGUAAGAUUUACCUUGAUCUCUCUCAUUAACCUAUCACUCAGUCGACCCCUCGUCCCCUAGAACUCUCUAGUGACGGAAUCUCCGAGAUAACCUACGCACUUGUACGCUGACGAGUUCGUCUCAGGGAGGUUAGAGUCCCCCUGGAAUUUGGGGGUUAGAGUCCUCCUAACUGUGAGUACCGGGAAUUUGGGGGUUAGAGUCCUCCUAACUGUAAGCACCGGGAAUUUG